GAUCACUCAAUAUUUUUCCUAUUAAAAUGGACGCUUAUUUCGGGCCUAUUUGUUUUGAUUGGUGUUAUAAAGAUUAAAGAAAUGACGAUUGUGAGGUGUAAUGUAUUGGCAAUGACCUUACGCGUGGCGGCGCGGCGCCGCACGCGGCAGUGUUUGAGGAGACGUCGAUCGCGACGCAUUCGCGCCCUUUUCGGUAUCGGUUCGGUCUACGUAAACGCGCGAACUUUGGUGUGAAAGUGGAGUGAUGAUGAUGUUUGAUUCGUGAGGUGUCAGGAGAGGAUUUUUUUUGGAAGUAAAGUGAUGUGAAUGCCGCGUGAUGGAAGAAUACUUCGAUGACGUGUUCCUGAACGCGAGCACGAACACAACGCGUUCUGGGGGCUACGGGGAACCCGAAUCCCUGGACCUGCUGGUUCCUCUCAGCAUCACCUACGCCAUCAUCUUCGUGGCCGGCAUCCUCGGCAACAUCAGCACUUGCGUGGUCAUCGCCAGAAACCGUUCCAUGCACACGGCGACCAACUUCUACUUAUUUAGUUUAGCGAUCUCCGAUUUAAUGCUUCUAGUUUGCGGAUUGCCCUUUGAGUUCCAUCGAUUAUGGAACCCUUAUACUUAUCCCCUUGGAGAAGCGCCGUGUAUAAUUCUUGGUUUAGCUUCAGAGACUUCAGCUAACGCUACAGUGUUAACUAUAACAGCUUUUACAGUAGAACGAUACAUCGCCAUCUGCCGUCCAUUCAUGUCACAUACAAUGUCAAAACUGUCUAGGGCUGUUCGUUUUAUCGUAGUGAUAUGGUUCAUGGCGCUGUGUACUGCCGUGCCUCAAGCGAUGCAAUUCGGUUUGGUGACUUAUGUGGAGAACGGACAAAAUGUGUGCGCGUGUACAGUGAAAGGUCAUGGUGUGCAUCAAGUGUUUGUGAUAUCUAGUUUCGUGUUUUUCGUGGUGCCGAUGUCGGUGAUAACUGUGUUGUACGCGCUGAUCGGGGUGAAGUUGCGGACGUCGAGGAUCUUGCACCCGGUGAAAAAGCUGUCGGUGGAGAGCAAUGGCCGACCGGCGGGCGCCACGCGGUAUAGGAACAGCGCUUCGCAGAGGAGGGUCAUACGAAUGUUAGUGGCGGUGGCGUUAUCGUUCUUCGUGUGCUGGGCCCCGUUCCACGUGCAGAGGCUGCUCGCCAUCUACGGGAAGAGUCUGGAGCAUCCCACGGACACUUUCUAUCUGGUGUACAUCGUGUUAACGUUCCUGUCGGGGGUACUAUAUUUCCUGUCGACGGCCAUCAACCCCUUCCUCUACAACAUCAUGUCCAAUAAAUUCAGAAAUGCCUUCAAGGUAACCCUAUCCUCCUGGUGCGGUCGCAAAAACGCACCGCGUCUCGGCCGCACGUACAGCGCGCUGCUCGCGUCGCAGCGGUUACGCGCGGGUGACGAGCGUUUACGCAACGGUCGCCGCCUGUCGACCGCCACGACGCAGCUAUACGACCCGCCGCCUCGAGCGCAGUGUUUCAACGGAAGGGAGCUCACAGUCGUAAACGAGGUCCCAAGCGGCAACGGGCACUGGGGCCGCCCGUGGCUCCGCGACCCCUCGGACUCCGUCGGCUCCCCCCGAAGCAUCUCCAACUCCAGCCUUCGCGAAGUCGACGACGAACUCACGGGUGAAGAACUGGCCACGUAUAUGUACCAAGUAAAUUGUAAUAUAGGAGGGUUGACUUGAGAAACGCCCCUCUAAAGCUAUGGACUGGCUUUAGGGGGAAUGGAAUGGCCGAGGAUUCUAAGUUUAAAAUCUUGGUUUUGGUAUGAUAUGACUUGCACGUGCGCUCCAAUAAAUAUGAGAGAUAUAGAGUUCGUCCAUGAUAACUUUGCAGCGUCAUGAACACAUAAAAGGUAAUCUUCCUCGCGUUGUCCCGGCAUUUUGUCACGGCUCAUGCGAGCCCGGGGUCCGCUUGGCAACUAAUCCCAAGAAUUAACGUAGGACUAGUUUUUACAAAAGCGACUGCAAUCUGACCUUCCAACCAAGAGGGUAAACUAGGCCUUAAUGGGGUAAGUCCGGUUUCCGCACGAUGUUUUCCUUCACCGAAAAGCGACUGGUAGAUAUCAAAUGAUAUUUCGUACCAAAGUUCCGAAAAAGUUAUUGAUACGAGCCGAGGUUUGAACCCCGGAGGUCGCGGGUUUCGGGAUUG